UUUAUGAGCAGACAUUUCUUAUAUAACUGCAGCGAACCAAUCCUGGAUGUGAAGAUAGCCUUUUGUCAGGGUUUUGGAAAACAAGUGGAUGUGUCAUAUAUCGCCAAGCAUUACAACAUGAGCAAAACUAAAGUGGAUAACCAGUUCUACAGUGUGGAAGUGGGAGACUCCACCUUCACAGUUUUAAAACGUUACCAGAAUUUAAAGCCCAUCGGCUCCGGGGCUCAGGGAAUUGUCUGUGCGGGUUACGACGCUGUUCUGGACAGAAAUGUAGCCAUCAAGAAGCUGAGCCGACCCUUCCAGAACCAGACCCACGCAAAGAGGGCUUACCGGGAGUUGGUGCUCAUGAAAUGCGUCAAUCACAAAAAUAUCAUCAGUUUACUAAAUGUCUCCACGCCACAGAAAUCAUUAGAGGACUUCCAGGAUGUGUACCUAGCAAUGGAGCUGAUGGAUGCCAACCUGUGCCAGGUAAUACAGAUGGAGCUUGACCAUGAGCGAAUGUCCUACCUGCUCUAUCAGAUGCUGUGUGGUAUCAAACAUCUGCACUCAGCUGGCAUUAUUCACAGGGAUCUCAAACCAAGCAAUAUAGUGGUGAAGUCAGACUGCACCUUGAAGAUCUUGGACUUCGGUCUGGCGAGGACCGCGGGCACGAGCUUCAUGAUGACCCCCUAUGUGGUGACUAGAUACUACAGAGCCCCAGAGGUUAUCCUGGGCAUGGGAUACAAAGAGAAUGUGGAUAUAUGGUCGGUGGGGUGCAUUAUGGGAGAAAUGGUUCGCCACAAAAUCCUUUUCCCCGGCCGGGACUACAUUGACCAGUGGAACAAGGUGAUCGAGCAGCUGGGCACGCCCGCAGCAGAGUUCAUGAAGAAGCUUCAGCCCACGGUGAGGAACUACGUGGAGAACCGGCCAAAGUACGCAGGCCUCACCUUCCCCAAGCUCUUCCCCGACUGCCUCUUCCCGGCCGACUCCGAGCACAACAAACUCAAAGCCAGCCAGGCCAGAGACCUGCUGUCUAAGAUGUUGAUCAUCGACCCGGCUAAACGGAUAUCUGUGGACGAGGCAUUACAGCACCCCUACAUCAACGUGUGGUACGACCCGGCUGAGGUGGAAGCGGCCAGAGAUCUCAUCCAAAUAUCCAUGCCUCCACCUGCGAUCUAUGACAAGGCGCUGGAUGAAAGAGAACACUCCAUUGAUGAAUGGAAAGAACUCAUCUACAAAGAGGUGAUGAACUUUGAGGAGAGAACGAAGAAUGGCGUAGUGAAGGGACAGCCUUCACCUUCAGGUGCAGCCGUGAACAGCAGCGAGAGUCUCCCUCACUCCUCCUCCAUCAACGACAUCUCCUCCAUGUCCACCGACCAGACCCUGGCCUCAGACACUGACAGCAGCUUGGAGACCUCCGCAGGACCCCUGGGGUGUUGCAGGUGA